GAGAGGCAGCGGCGCCUUUUUUUUAAUUUUUUUUUUUAUUUUUCUUUUGGGCUCUGCGUGUGGUGCCGCCGCCGCCGGGAGGAGACGCAGAGGGCUCGGGGACCAGAUGAGUGAUUUUGGGAUCAGGAACAUGGAUCAAGUAGCUCCUGUGUCUAACAUGUACAGAGGAAUGCUCAAGCGUCAACCAGCAUUUGACACCUUUGAUAGCUCAAACUCUCUCUUUGCUGGAUAUUUUUUCUCACUAAAUGAAGAUCAAACGCUUCAAGAAGUGCCAACAGGAUUUGAUUCUACUUCUUACGAGUCGAACAACUGUGAAUUGCCUCUGUUAACCCCAUGCAGUAAGGCUGUGAUGAGUCAGGCCUUGAAAGAUACUUUCAGUGGUUUCACAAAGGAACAGUGUCGGCUGGGUAUCCCAAAUAAUCCCUGGCUGUGGACUGAACAGCAAGUUUGUCAGUGGCUUUCAUGGGCUUCCAAUGAGUUUAGCUUGGCAAAUGUGAACUUCCAUCAGUUUCUUAUGAGUGGCCAAGACUUGUGCAACCUGGGCAAGGAGCGUUUCCUGGAACUGGCACCUGACUAUGUGGGUGAUAUUCUGUGGGAACACCUGGAAGAGAUGAUAAAAGACAGCCAAGAGAAAACGCAGGAUCAAUAUGUGGAGAACUCUCAUCUCACCUCAGUUCCUCACUGGGUCAAUAAUAAUUCCUUAACUGUUAAUGUAGAUCAGAACUCCUAUAGUAUGCAAAUGCCUGGAUACCCUAAAGCCCUUGGUUAUCCCAAACCCAGUCUCCUGACUGACGUCUGUCAGACUUCCACAGGACCGAAUCUCCUCAGUCCAGAACAAGAGUUUUCAUUGUUCCCCAAAACCCAAGCAGAUGCUGUUGGUGUGAACUACUGUGCAGUAAAUCAAGAUUUCCCAAGAAGCAAUCUGAACUUGCUAAUAGAUAAUUCUGGUAAGCUUAGAGAACACGAAUCUAGUGACAGUGGUGCAGAAAGUUACGAAAGCUCAGAUUCGAUGCUACAGUCCUGGAACAGCCAGUCGUCAUUAGUUGACUUACAGCGUGUGCCAUCCUAUGAGAGUUUUGAAGAUGACUGUAGCCAGUCCUUGUGUCUGAGCAAACCUACAAUGUCUUUCAAAGACUAUAUUCAAGAACGAAGUGAUCCUGUAGAGCAAGGGAAACCAGUUAUACCGGCAGCAAUUCUAGCUGGCUUUACUGGCAGUGGACCUAUACAGCUGUGGCAAUUCCUUCUGGAGUUACUGACUGACAAGUCCUGUCAGUCAUUCAUUAGCUGGACUGGAGAUGGAUGGGAAUUUAAACUUGCUGACCCAGAUGAGGUGGCACGGAGGUGGGGAAGGAGGAAAAACAAGCCAAAAAUGAACUAUGAGAAGCUCAGCCGAGGCCUGCGCUACUAUUACGACAAGAACAUUAUCCACAAGACUUCAGGGAAACGCUAUGUGUAUCGCUUCGUGUGCGACCUGCAGAACCUGCUGGGGUACACGGCGGAGGAGCUGCACGCGAUGCUGGGGGUGCAGCCCGACACAGAGGACUGAGUCCGACAAUGUGAUGCUGCAGGGGUGAAGAUCACGUGUUGGGACUGUGUCUAGGAACCGUCUGCAGUCAGUUCUUCCGGCUGUUCAGAUGGGUGCAACUGUUGGGAAAUAAGGACCUUAACCGAUUUUGUAACCAGGGAGAACUGGAAGGAAGUGGCCUUAUUUCAUCAGUGGCUUCGAGUGUUGCCAUGUCAAGCACUUGAGCAGCACAGAAGUCAGCACAGACCCUAGCUCUGUUAUGAAGACAUGGAAAUGCUCUCGGGUUAAGCAUUUCGACUACCUGUACUGCCGUAUAACGCAUUUUGGCUACUUACACUGCCAUAUAAUAAUGGGUUGGCUUUAAAACCAAAGGUUGGAUGAGAAACCAGUGAUGCAGUAGAACUAUUGCUCAGAUAUUUUAAAAUACCAUCGUCCUUGCUUACAUCUUAUAUAAUGCAAUUUAUUUAAAUAAAAAACCCCAAACUAAUUUAUUUUAAAUGAGCAGUAAGGAGAAUUUAUAUUAAUUUCAUUAUGAAGCACAUUUUGUUAUUAUUACUACUCCAGAAAUGUGCUGCACAGGUACAUAAACAUUCUGUGUCCAAAACCAGAUGUAGCAACUGUUAACAAAAAAAGACCCUUUAAAGAAGGGAAGGAAAAUCAUACCAUUUCAAUAUUCAGUUUGUAUAUAUUCUGUGAUUCUUUUUGAAACUCUAUAAUGUUCCUAUUUAACAGAUACUGUAUAGUGUAAAUUAAACUAAUUGUAUGUGUGUUUUGAAAUAGGACAAAUGUAAACUUAUCAAAUUUUUUUCAUGUUUGUCUAGGAUAUACAACCUUCUGCAAAUAUUUAAUUGGCCUGAGAGACAACAUAAGU